GUACUAUAAGCUUAGUAGAAAUCUUUAACCGACAAAAUUUCAUGCAAAUAAUAAUUAUAAAUAAUAUGCACUUAUUAAAAAAAAGUGCUAAACAUUAGGCAGCAAGCUAGGAAGUGGGUUCUGGCGACUGGCGGUUACUGAAAUAGUGUCACUGGUCUAAAAAGAUGAGCAGCAACAUAAACAAGAGGGCACCCACAACAGCGACACAGAGAUUAAAACAGGACUAUCUUCGAAUAAAAAAAGAUCCUGUACCGUACAUUUGUGCAGAACCUCUCCCUUCAAACAUCUUGGAAUGGCACUACCUUGUCCGCGGUCCUGAGAAAACUCCAUAUGAAGGUGGAUAUUACCAUGGCAAGCUGAUAUUCCCCAGAGAAUUUCCUUUCAAGCCACCAAGCAUUUACAUGAUCACACCCAACGGUAGAUUUAAAUGUAAUACAAGAUUGUGUCUGUCCAUUACUGAUUUCCACCCUGACACCUGGAACCCUGCAUGGUCAGUGUCCACUAUUCUGACUGGGCUUUUGAGCUUUAUGGUUGAAAAAGGUCCCACUCUGGGCAGCAUCGAGACGUCCGAUUUUACUAAAAGACAGCUAGCCACUCAGAGCCUGGCCUUCAACAUUAAGGACAAGGUGUUCAGUGAGCUGUUUCCAGAUGUUGUCGGAGAGAUCAAGCAAAAACAGCAACUACAAGAGUUGAAUUCCCGCUCCCAGGCUCUACCACUGCCUGACGUGGUGCCCAACAGCGAAGCCCAAAAUGGACACCCAGCUCUGAAUGGACAUGUGGCCGCAGGGAAUGGCCAGGCUCCUGAACCUCACCAGGGCAACCGCAACCAAGGGCUCCUUGGAGGAGCUCUUGCUAACCUGUUUGUCAUCGUUGGGUUCGCUGCUUUCGCAUACACGGUCAAGUAUGUGUUACGGAGCAUCGCCCAGGAAUAAACAGAAACAUAAAACAGUGAAUGGCACAAUAAAAAAGGAAUUAGACCUAA